AUGUCUCGGACGCAAGCGGGCAGUAAAUACCUCCAGCGUCAGCUCCUCAAAGGUUCAGGUGCUGCUGUGGAGGUAAUCCUGAAGGAAGUGGAGGAAGAGAUUGCCUCCAUGAUGUGCGAUCCUUACGGGAACUACCUUUGCAGCGCCGCCUUCCAAGCCUGCUCCCAGGUUCAACGAAGGCGCAUGUUGGAGAAGUUGGCCCCGUGCGUGGCGCAGAUCGCGUGCGACAAGCGGGGCACCCAUGCCCUGCAAGCCUUCAUUGAGCUUUUACAGCUGGAGGAGGAGCAGGAUCAACUCAUGGGUGCGGUCAAAGGCCAGAUCGUGGAGCUCAGCAUGGAUCCCAAUGGAACACAUGUGAUCCAACGACUUCUGACCUGCUUCCAAGGCUCUGUGACGGAUUGGAUUUUUUUGAUCAUCGGUGAUCGGAUCAUCGAGGUGGCACACCACCCUUAUGGACUUUGCGUGCUGAAGAAGUGCAUCUCUUUGGCGCGUCAUCAUCGCGAGUUCCUCUUGGAGCAGCUGGCACGGCACGCCAUGGACUUGGUUCAGAGUCCCUAUGGGAACUAUGCCAUUCAACAUGCCUUGGAGGAGUGGGGGGGUCGUGACUGUGAGCCGAUCCUGGAGAAGUUGGAGGGUCGGAUGAUGCAACUCAGCAUCCAGAAGUUUUCCUCCAACGUGGUGGAGAAGCUCCUCACCAUAGCACCUCCUGAGUUCCGGAGGAAGUUCAUUUGGGAGCUGGUGGAGAGCGACAAGAUGUCAGUGCUGGUGAACAGCAAUUAUGGGCACCGUGGCCAUAGUGUCCAUGCUUCAGGUCUUGUGAAAACACGCAGCCUUAGCCACCUCAAUUGA